AUGAAUAGAGACAAAGUUUCCAAAGCAUCGGCGGAUCGACUGCCCAAGAGCGUCAAGGUGCGUUCGACAUGCAAUGCCUGCCAGCAGGCCAAGAUUCGCUGUAGCCACGAGAAGCCAUCAUGCCGACGAUGUCAGAAACAUAAUAUCGAAUGCAUCUAUAGCAUGUCUCGACGACUGGGGCGACCGGCGAAAAGGAGGGAAUCUCAAUACGCCGCUCUUCCUGUAGACCCGCGCCAGAGUGACCAUCCCCGUCAGCAGCGGGACAAGAAAGCUUCGGUUCCCAAGGCUGCGAAGUUGAAGCAGGGUCAGACACAGAAUCGAGCAAAUGAGGACGACUUUCUGCAAUCAUUAGAAGAAACAGUUGUUUUUGACAGUAUCACCGUCAAUGAAACUGCACCUGAUGAUAUCUCCCUCGAAGGCAGCAGUCUACGCACACCCACCUUUGGCGAUAGUGAUCAACUGCCAUCAUUUGCAGUUCCCGAUUCCAUCGAUUUCGCCUCUGACAGUUGGCUGCAAGAAUUCCUCUCCCAACAGGCGCCUGAUCUUGCACAAGAAAGGGGUCUUCUGGAUACGCUAGCAUUCGAGACCUCCAAGGCCGACGAGGAAUUCUCUAGUGUGGCAACAGGACUGCAAGAACUGGCUGCUUCGCCGAACCAUUUACCGAUACCCUCGCCGAAGGCACACAAUCAACAGUCUUCGGUGGCCGUUUACUCUACAGACGACUUUUCUGUCACCGCAGAGACACUGACGGCCAGUAGUCAAAGCCUUCCGGCUGGUCAGUCCUUCUAUCCAGAGUGCCUGAAGAAAAGCAUUCCAGCCUUCGCUCAGCAUAUCUCAGCCACCGAGUCAUUCGCGGACAGGCUGAUGACUGCAACGGAGCCAUUGGUUCUGCUCUCCCACCAGAAGGUCUCAAAGCGGGUGAACGACUAUGAAUUUUCAUCUGACAAUACUUCCUCGAACCUCGGAGCGCUGGACGCGGCGAUGACACGUCAGUGUCAAUGUCAGUGCCAUGAGCAGAUUAUCAGAGAGCUCAUUCGUGUGAAUAUUUGUGCUUCUCGAACAGGACCUUCAGCUACCAUUGAUUCUAUCUUGAACUGCCAGCGCAUCUUGCAACAAUUAGCGGAGACUAUUCUGCAAUGCGCUGUCUGUUCCAAAACUCGGGUUAACCUUCUUAUGGUCGUCGUUGUUGGGAUUGACAGCUUGAUCACAACACUCGAAGUCAUCACCUCUGGUGACGGAGGGAUGAUCCAACGCGUCUUGCCGGAGUUUCAGAACCACCGAUUUCUGCGUCGGGACUAUGGUCAGGACUUUUCAAUAGACGGUAGCCAUCGAAGGUACAAAAGUGGUGUCUUCCAGUUCAGGGCCGAGGUGGAAGGUCGUCCGUUGAUGGUGGGCGGUUUCUCUGUUCCGGUGGAGGAGAAAUUCUUGUUCGUACACCAGGUUCUGUACGCAAGACUCACCGGGUUACUCGCUGUCAUCCGCCGAAUAAGACACUGUACGCAGCAAAUUCUGACAGUAUCUGCAUCGCGCGGAAGACUGAGCAUGAUGAUGGAAACUGAUCGGCGCCUGCAGAUCUUCAUUAUGAGGAUGAGAAUGUUCGCCAGUUCAUAG